GAAGCGAAUAACCUUCAGUUCCGUACCGAGUUGGUUAAUGCAUUUACCACCAACGGGGCUCAGAUCUCAGACCGCUCACGACCGACGAAACACUACACCCACACAAUUAUCUGUUGCCAUGGAUGGUUUUAGCGUCUUCACUUUUCAUGCCGAACCAAUACCAUGUGCUCCAGCACCACCUUGGAAAUGUUUCAGUCAGCCCGUUAGUGUGCACCGUCAUCCAUCAUUAGCACACACCACCAUUUGAUUCCCUGGGGCCGAGGCCUGAGCCCUCACUUGAUUCAUAUAAAAGCUUGCGCUUCAUGUAUUUGUCGGUGUUACUCGCUAAACCCUCAGCUUACCAUGCAUUCUGCUCAUGCAAUGGUCUGUGAGGAAGGUACCGGACAUGUACAAAAUUCUCCUCACAUUGCAGUUGAAGUUGGAAGCCCAGUCGUUGCUUUCUACCAUGAAAUCAAGACAGACAUCGAACACGUCACUGUGGAAGAUGAUCCUUUGAGAUGGAGCAAUGCCCACAAGACUGCUAUUCUAAUCAUUGUCUCGGCUGGCUCCAUGAUUGCAGGGUUGGCUGUCAGCAUACAGAAUCCUGCAAAUGCCCAAAUUCAGAGUGACUUACAAGCGUCUACAUCGGAAAUAAGUUGGACAUUAUCAAUUUUUAUUCUUGUUCAGGGACUCCCCGGACUUAUAUGGAGCGCCAUUAGCGAAAUCAAAGGACGUAAGUUUGUCUAUGUGUCAUCUGUAGCAUUGUUUCUGGUCGCCUCCGCUAUGGUUGCAUCGUCCAAAACCAUUGGUCUGGUGAUUGGAAUGAGAGCCCUUCAAGCUAUCGGCUCGAGCGCACUCAUGUCAAUUGCCGCAGCCACACUAGCAGAUAUCUACGAACCCCAUGAGCGAGGCACUAAAAUGGGGAUAUACUAUUCUGCUCCUCUCAUGGGGCCUGCGUUGGGCCCGAUAUUGGGUGGCGUGCUGACACAAAGCUUGGGUUGGCGUUCGGUCUUCUGGUUCAUCACUAUUUGCGCCGGAGUUGUUCUCCUUGCUCUGAUUUUCAUAUUCAAAGAUACGUUCAGGAAGGAACGUAGUCUGACGUAUCAGAACGUUCUGCAAGUACGGGCAAAGGAAGGGGAGCUACAACACCAACACUUGGACAAAUCCAGUCACGCCUUUUCUGUCACGGACAAGCCCGCACAACCUACGCUAGAAGGCAUAGCCUCUCCGCAGCAAAUAGGGGAGGCGAAUAGUCACACCGUUGCACAUGCUUCAAGUAUGGAAGAUGUCGAUGUGUCGCUCGCAGAUGUCAAUCCGUUUCCUCCACUUCGGAAAAUUCUUACACGCGUAAAUAAUCUCGUAAUAUUGUUUGCUUCCGGUUUGAUAUUCGCUUUCAGCUACAGCAUUUCAUAUACCUGUUCGAGAACGUUGUCCGAAUACUAUGGCUACAACGCUCUCCAGAUCGGUCUAGUUCUACUUUCGUCUGGAACGGGCUCUAUAUGUGGGUCCUUACUUGGCGGCCGCUGGUCUGACCGAACAAUUGCUAAGUUGAAGCAAGAGAAUGGAGGCAACAGCUACCCCGAGAUGCGAUUGGCCAGCACCCGACCCGCAAUGGGGUUUUUGCCACUGGCUAUAAUUGGAUACGCAUGGGUUUGCGAAAAGCACGUUCAUAUCGCAGCAAUCUGCCUUAUGCUCUAUCUCGCUGGAUUCCUCUCGACAUGGAUAUACGCAAGCACGCUAGCAUACAUUGUAGAUGCUAACCCCGGCCGUUCGUCAACGAUUGUUGCCACAAAUAGCGUGUUUCGAUGUGUCUUUGCUUUCGUUGCCAUCGAAGUGGCUAUUCCGAUUCAGGUUGCCAUUGGCGACGGUGGUUUGUACACCAUCUGGGGCGGCAUUAUGGUAAUAAUGGAAAUCCUGACACUGACUGUCUUUUACAAGGGCAAGAAAUGGCGCGAGGCAUGCGAGGAGAAAGAUGGGCGAGAAUCACAAUAGCCCUGAUAAGUACGCUCAAAGUGCUUUUGACACUGCUACUCGAAAACGUUGUAUCGAAGACCCGAUGUUUAUAUCUAUAUAAUAUUAGGACCGUUUCUUGAGAAAUUGCCAAUUGA